AUGCGAGCUGCUUUUCUUCUGGGACGUACAUGCUGGAGGUGCAGCGGCGAAAGUGUGCGGCCACAGAUCCUGCGGCAUGUCCAGUACAGCAUUAGGAGUGGACGUGGCGCCAAGAGCUUCUCGUCGAUACACCACGCAAAACAAUCUUUCCAAAGACCGCCUGCGCCAGUCAAAGGAGGGACGGCGUUACUAGCACUCCUCAGUCCAGCAGCUUUCGUCUCGAUCGCGGACGAUGACGAGAGCAAAGGGGCCAACAAUGGCAAGACGCAUGAAGAGCAAAUGCUUGAGAUCUCACGGCAAGAACUAGAGGAGGCACGAAUACCCGAGCGGAUUCAGCACUCGGCGAGAUGGAGGAGAGGGUUAUGGAAGUUCGUGGACGAGUGGAUCGUCGAGCCAUUUGCGACGGGCGUGCGCUUCCUCCAUCUGGUCAUCAUCUUCGUUCCAGUCAUCAUCACGGUCCCUGUGAUAUGGCUGGGCGAGAAACAAGCCGACAGGGAUAAUGAGAGGAGUGGAACGCUAUGGUGGUAUAGCUUUCUGGUCGCAUCCAUGGAGAGAGCAGGCGCAGCAUUCAUCAAGCUUGGGCAGUGGGCGGCAAGCAGGACGGACAUCUUCCCAAACGAAAUGUGCUCUAUCAUGGGUGCACUCCAUUCAAAUGCACCAGCACAUUCGCUAAAAGUAACCAAAGCCACAAUCGAAAAGGCAUUUGGGCGCAAGUUCGAGGACAUCUUCGACGAGUUUAAUGAAAAGCCACUCGGCGUGGGAGCCAUUGCACAGGUAUACAAGGCGAAGCUGAAGCCGGACCUCACUCUACUGGACGACGAUACCGAUAAGACGCCUCAAACCUUACGUGCGAAGGCUUUGAAGACUGUUGACCCCAUACUGAAGAGCACACCACAAAGAGUUCCGUCAAGUUAUGUUGCGAUCAAAGUGCUGCAUCCGAAGAUUGAACGUAUCGUACGGCGAGAUUUGAAGAUCAUGGGCUUUUUCGCGAAUGUCAUCAAUGCCAUACCGACCAUGGAGUGGCUCAGCUUUCCAGAUGAGGUCCAGCAAUUUGGCGAGAUGAUGCGCUUGCAGCUCGACCUUCGCAUCGAGUCAGCCAAUCUUACCAUCUUCCGCCGCAACUUCCGUAAUCGUACUACGGCAUGGUUUCCGUACCCAUAUACUCAGUACACGACACGGCAAGUCUUAGUAGAAGAAUUCGCCACCGGCAUCCCGCUUGAACACUUCUUGCAGAACGGUGGCGGCAGCUUCCAGAAGGAGAUCGCAGAUGAGGGCCUUGAUGCUUUCCUGCACAUGCUCCUGAUCGACAACUUCAUCCAUGCGGAUCUCCACCCAGGCAACAUCAUGGUGCGAUUCUACAAGCCAGCGACUGUCGAUAUGGGCGCCAAUCUGUCGAGUCUAACAGGCAGGAAGAAAGCCGAUCCGAACAAGAGUCCAGAUGUCACAGAAGAGGUGCUGGCACGACUGCGACCACAUCGACAUGCAAAGACAGAGUGGGAGAAAACACUAUCCGAAAUUGAUAGAGAAGGCUACCGACCUCAGCUCAUUUUCAUCGAUACCGGCCUGGUCACUGAACUCAACGAGACGAACAGAAAGAACUUUCUGGACUUGUUCAAAGCCAUUGCUGACUUUGACGGCUACAAAGCUGGCCAUCUCAUGGCCGAGAGGUGCCGACAGCCGGAAGCAGUGCUUGAUCGUGAGGUCUUCGCGCUCAGGAUGCAGCAUCUAGUACUCAGCGUCAAGAGUCAGACAUUCUCGCUUGGCAACAUCAAGAUAGGAGACAUUUUGAAUGAGGUAUUGAGUAUGGUGCGGGGACACCAUGUCAGGCUUGAGGGCGAUUAUGUGAAUGUCGUGCUGUCGAUUCUGCUGCUGGAAGGCAUUGGCAGAAGCUUAGACCCUGAGCUAGACCUAUUCUCUGGUGCUCUCCCUAUCCUGCGACAGCUCGGCGCACAAGCUGGAGGAUCUCUUAUCAGGUCCGGCGACCUGUCAAUGGCCAAGGUCUGGGUUGGCCUGGAGGCUCGAAAGUUCUUGCGGGCAAGCAUCGAAAGCGUAGAAAUGUGUGUGAAGUAUGAUCAGCUGUCUCCAAAUAUAUAA